CCCCAGCGGAAAGGGUACCCGCCUCCUUAUUGUGAAGUUGUACAUUGCCACCUUUAAUUUGGUUUCACUGUCGAUUCGCUUGUGAGCGCGUUAACAGUUGUUUGGUUUUGUCCCAUGGCGGGUUUGGAACUAUUGUAUUCGUGUUGUGGCGACUCCAUCUCAUGUCCGCAGGACGCCGUUGUGUGUUUCGUCCACUGGGAGGUCGUCAAAAGCGGAUACAAGUGCCUCGGCUCCGGGGAUGAGGCUCGGAGCAGCGACAAGAAGUCGGAAUUGUUGCCGUCGGACUGGAGCGGCAACAAAGUGGAAUAUGCCCUGAGGUACGCCUCGGAGCAGGGGGACGCUCAGCUGUUACUCAAAGCGCUCCUGGUUGAUUCGGCGCUCGUCUUCAACCUCAUGAACCGCAGCACACAGCAGAGCUCGGACGUGAUCGUCAAUCUCAACGAGCACGUGGAUGCCGCCCACCUGCGCACCUUCGACAGAGUGUUCAAGGACGCAGGCGGUCUGGUGGCGGCCAUUCGCUCUCGCCUGCUGCCGUCACGGGACAAACGGACGCAAGCAGAGCAAAGUGAACGGACGCGCAGGUUGGACAGCCGCGACGAGGACAACCUCGAUGACCCCUUGUGGGUUCCCGACAGGCACCCCCGACAUGCCACGCAGCCACACUGGCACGAUCCCAUGGCGCCGCCGUUCUCGGUGGGAGGCGCCGAUCUGGAUCCGCUGGGCAGGUCAGUGUCAGGCGGUGGGAUGAUCGUCGACCCUUUGCGCAUGGGCUACCCCCGCUCGGGUUUCGACCCGUCCAGCGGCAUCCCGGACAUCCUGCCACCUGGCGCGGUGCCGCCCGGCGCCCGCUUCGACCCGUUCGGACCUGUCGGACGCCACCGGGCCGGGCCCAACCCGGACCACUUGCCCCCGCCGGGUUAUGACGACAUGUUCAUGUAAGCCGCUUUCCCGGCUGCCACUUGCCCGCUUCCUGUCCUCUCUCCAAUCAGAGCCAGGAGGGGUAAUCGGCAAAGUCACGAAACUUCGCAAUUCGCCCAAAAGCAAGUUGGAAUUGUUAAGAACUGAAAUUUUGGUGUGAAUUUGUCAGGAAAUAUUGAAGGAAAAGGGAACUUGUAGGGCCCGAUCGAUAUGGAUUCUGUUUCUUUCUGACUUUUUUUUAGGCAGAUUCUGUUUUCUGGCAGAAUAAAAGUCCAACAGUCUAAAAAAGAAAAAUUACAAAAAAUAA